AUGGUGAGUGAUAACAAGGAGGAGAAGCCCCAGCAGGAAGAUGCUGAGGAAGUAGAAGCACAUGGGACAUUAUCGGGAAGAUGCAAAGAGAAUGUUUCUGGGAUUUGUGCACACCCAGAAAAAGCAAAAGCCUGUGAGACUGAGCAGAGGCCAGAGGAAAACUUCAGUAGCUUCUCAGACCUUAUUUCAAGUGAGAGAAUCAACUCGGAAGACACACGUUACACAUGCCAUGAGUGCGAGAAACGCUUCAAUAGGCGUUCAUACCUUAUCAGACAUCAGAGAAUUCACACAGGAGAGAUGCCCUGUGCAUGCGCUGACUUCAAACAGCGCUCAGACUUUAUCACACUUCGGAAAAUCCACAGAAGAGAAACGCCCUACAGAUGCUCUGAGUACGGGAAAGGCUUUAGUGAGCACUUAAAGCUUAUCAGACAUCGGAGAAUCCACACGAGGGAGAAGCCCUACACGUGCACUGAGUGCGGGAAAAGCUUCAAACACCUCUCACGCCUUAUCACACAUCAAAGAAUCCACACAGGAGAGAUGCCUUAUACGUGUACUGAGUGUGGGAAAAUCUUCAAAAAGUGCUCAAACCUUAUCACAGAUUGGAGAAUCCACACAGGAGAGACGCCCUACACAUGCUCUGAGUGCGGGAAAAGCUUCAAUCAGCGCUCACACCUUAUCAAACAUCAGAGAAUCAACAUGAGCUGCAGAAUAAUGUCCAUGUUUCACUCCAGUUCAUCCCGUCCUCUUGUUGGACAGGGGAGAGAAAUGGCUGCAGAGGAGCCAGUUCAGAGGCCGGUGACCUUCGAGGAGGUGGCUGUGUACUUCACCAGGGAAGAGCGGGCUGUACUGGACCCCACUCAGAGAGCCCUCUACUGGGAUGUCAUGCAGGAGAACUAUAAGAAUGUGACCUCGCUGGUAGGUUUUCCAGUUUCCAAACCUGAUGUGAUCUCACAGCUGGAAGGAGGGGAAGAACCAUGGGUCCCAGACCUCCAGGGCUCUGAGAAAGAAGUGCUUCGAAGAGCUGCCUGCAAAGGUGAUGGGAUGGUAAAUCAGAAUGAGGAGGAGAAAUCCCAUCAGGAAGAUGCUGAGCAAGAAGAACCACAUAGAACUUUAUCAGGAAGAUCCAAAGGGAAUGUUUCCUGGAGUUGUGCACUCCGAGAAGAAACAAAAGCCUGUGAGACUCAGGGUAGGCCAGAGGAAAACUUUAGUAGCCUCUCAGACCUUGUAACAAGCAACAGAAUCAACUUGGAAGAGACACGGUACACAUGCCAUGAGCGUGGGAAAAGCUUCAAUCAGAGCUCUACCCUUAUCAGACAUCAGAGAAUCCACACAGGGGAGACGCCUUACACGUGCUCUGAGUGCGGGAAAAGCUUCAGUCAGAACUCAAACCUUAUCAAACAUCAGAGAAUCCACAUGGGAGAGACGCCCUACACAUGCUCUGAGUGUGGGAAAAGCUUCAAUCGGCGCUCAAACUUUAUCGCACAUCAGAGAAUCCACACUGGGAGAAGCCCUGCACAUGCUCUGAGUGUGGGAAAAGGUUCAGUCAUUGCUCAAGGCUCACUAGAUAUCAGAAAAUCCAGAUGAGAGAGAAUUGUAAUAAAUCCUGUGACUAGGGUUGGCCAAAGAAUU